AUGCACGAGCCAGUUUCUCGAUUAUUGGACAUGGAAACUGAGUCUAGAAUGCCUGUAAUGCCGAUGUCCACUAUAGAUGGUCAAGGAAUUUUUCAAACAAUGACCAUGGACAGACCAUCUUGCAUGUUUACAAUUUCUCCACAGUCCUCUCCGUCUACUCCUGAAGCUAAGUUUUACAAAGUUAUGAAGGAAAAUGUCAGGGAAAUCGUGUGUAAGAGACGACUGGACUUUAAUAAUCAUGAUACAUAUCUCGGACUGACCAAACCCCCUACAGUGGCCGUAGAACGUCGCAAUGAGCGCGAGCGGAAUAGGGUCAAGCUGAUUAAUAUGACAUUUGCAACUUUACGUGAACAUAUUCCAGCAGGUGGAAAAAAUGGUAAAAGUAAGAAAAUGAGUAAAGUGGACACUUUAAAAGCUGCCAUUGACUACAUCCGGUAUCUCCAACAACUUGUGGAUGAACACGAUGCCGUUAACGCAGUGCUGGAUAAUAAUUGUCUUCCAAAAUCAGCAAUACCACCGGCUUCUCCAUCAGUGCAUUCCCCAACCCCCAGUACUUCGUCGGAGGCAUCACACGAGAUCCUUAGCGCUGAGGAGGAAGAACUGCUAGACUUCACCAAUUGGUUCUGA